AUGAACAACUCCUCAAUGUGCUGCACUUACGAAACGCCCAUGCUGGACCAAUACCUCCCCCCUGUAAUGUUCACAGAGUUCGUAUUGGGCCUUAUGGGGAACGUUCUUGCCCUUUCAAUGUUCUUCUUCCACAGGGACACCUGGAAGCCCAAUUCUAUUUAUCUUGCCCAUCUAGCUCUGGCGGACUCAUUGGUCCUUUUCUGCCUUCCUUUCAGGGCCGACUACUACCGCAGGGGCAAGGACUGGGUCUACGGAGAUGCUUUCUGCCGUAUUUUGCUCUUUCUUUUGGCCGCCAACAGAGCCGGCGGUAUAUUCUUCCUCACCGCUGUCGCUGUGGACCGAUACCUGAAGAUCGUCCACCCUCUCAACCGCAUCAACCGAAUGGGUCUGCGUUAUGCCCUGUGGGUCUCUGCUGGCCUUUGGGUUCUCAUCAUAGCCAUGACUGUCUACCUCCUAACAGAUGAACAUUUCUACUAUCUAAACAACCACACGCAGUGCGAGAGCUUCAACAUCUGCUUUGGGAGUAAUUCACGGUUCAACUGGCACAAUGUAUUCUACGUUCUCCAGUUCUUUGUGCCCACGGCCAUUGUCAUCUACUGCACAACCUGCAUAACGUGGCAGUUGAAGAGUAAGACAGUGGACACACAGGGCAAAAUCAAAAGAGCCGUGCAGUUCAUCUUAGCAGUGGCUGCGGUUUUCAUUAUAUGUUUCUUCCCGAGCAACAUUUCGCGUAUCGCCAUGUACGUCCUGAAACUCUGGUAUAACGAGUGCCACUAUUUCAGUGAGGCAAAUGAUGCGUUUAAAACCAGUGUCUGCUUUACCUACUUCAACAGCGUGCUCAAUCCCAUCGUCUAUUACUUCUCAAGCCCUGCCUUCAGUGGAUCCUUCAGGAGAAUCUACAUGAGACUUCUGGGAAAGAAAAUUGAGGAAUAA